GUACUGCUACACCAGGAGUGUCCGAACAUUUUUCACCGAAGUCCACAUACUGAAAAAUGAAAGGAUGCAAGGGCCGCUUUGAUAUUUGGGAAAGCAACGCGUGUAGAAAUGAUAAGAAGUUAUACUCACUUCUGAUCAAAAUUUUAAGACCAGUUGAAAAAUUGCAAGAAUUUACAUUUUGCACUGUUGGAUCUUAGAUGUUCCAAGUAGAGCUUCAAAAUGUAAAAGGAACAAAAUGGGAGUGAGACAAAAAUUUUUGACUAAGCAGUUUAAUGCAAACAAGCAUUAAAAUGAAAAAUGACUGUUGAUCAGCUGAUCAAAAGUUUAAGACCACAGCCUUUAAAAGCCAAAAUCUUGGCAAAAAUGUGGAUUCAAUGUCAUUUUCUGUCAGGUAUUCAUUCUGUCAUGGUCUGUUGAUGGCAAAGGCAAAACAACUUUCGCUCUUUGAACGUGGUGGGAUAGUUGAGCUGCAUAUGAAGGCCUCUCGCAGCACGCCAUUGCUACUGAUGUUGGACGCAGGAAAAUUCCUGCCCUUUUUUCCAUUUUUGCUGCUGCUUUUUUCUUGUUUAAUUAUAUUUUUAGAAUUUGCCGCGAGCUGGAAAUGGCCCCCAGGCCACACUCUGGGCACCUGCGCUCCUGUGCUAGACUGACUAAAGACAAUGGUGACAAAGAAAAUACUUAUUUUUGGUAAUGGUUUUAAUUUACUAUGAGGAUGCUUCAUAAAGUUGCAUUGAAAUACAUCAAAUUUACACUUGCACACUUCAACAUUUUUGAGUAACAUGUUUUUUGUAUGUUCAACCAAUUUGCUAAUAUACAGUGCUCUGGAAAAAGUGUUUGCCCCCUUCGUGAGUUCAUAUUUUUUUGCAUGCAGAUCAUCAAACUAAUUUAAAUAUUAAUCAAUGAUAACACAACUGAACACAAAAUGCAGUUUUUACAAAGUAAAUGGAACUUAUUAAUGGAGGAAAAAAAAAUCCAACCCUACAUGGCCCCCUGAUAAAUAACUGAGAUUAAUUGAGAUCUUAUCGGUUUGGAAAAUGUUACAAAGCCAUUUCUAAAGCUUUGGGACUCCAGCAAACCACAGUGAGAGCCAUUAUUCACAAAUGGUGAAAACAUGGAAAAAGAACUGCAGGGCCUCACUUGCCUCAGUUAAGGUCAGUGCUCAUGACUCCACCAGAAGAAAGACACUGGGCAAAAACGGCCUUCAUGGCAGAGUUCCAAGAUGAAAACCACUGCUGAACAAAAAUAACAUUAAGGCUCGUCUCAAUUUUGCCAGAAAACAUCUUGAUGAUCCCCAAGACCUUUGGGAAAAUACUCUGUGGUUUGAUGAGAUGAAAGUUUAACUUUUUGGAAGGUGUGUGUCCCAUUACAUCUGGCCUAAAAGUAACGCUGCAUUUCAGUAAAAGAACAUCAUACCAACAGUAAAAUAUGGUGGUGGUAGUGUGAUGUUCUGGGGCUGUUAUGCUGCUUUAGGACCUGGAAGACUUGCGGUGAUAAAUGGAAGCAUGAAUUCUGCUGUCUACCAAAACAUCCUGAAGGAAAAUGUCCGGCCAUCUGUUCGUGACUUCAAGCAGAAACCAACUUGGGUUCUGCAGCAGGACAAUGAUCCAAAACACACCAGCAAGUCCACCUCUGAAUGGCUGAAGAAAAGCAAAAUGAAGACUUUGGAGUGGCCUAGUCAAAGUCCUGACCUGAAUCCUAUUGAGAUGCUGUGGCAUGACCUUAGAAAACCUCCAAUGUGGCUGAAUGACAACAAUUCUGCAAAGAUGAGUGGGCCAAAAUUCGUCCACAGUGCUGUAAGAGACUCAAUGCAAGUUAUCGCUUGAGUUGUUGUUGUUGCUGCUAAGGGUGGCCCAAACAACGAACAACAGGUGGCCCAACCAGUUAUUAGGUUAAGGGGGCUAUCCAUUUUUCCACACAGGGCCAUGUAGGUUUAGAUUUCCUUUCUACCUUAAUAAUAAAAAUUGUCAUUUUAAAACUGCAUUUUGUGUUCUGUUGUGUUGUCAUUGAUUAAUAUUUCCAUUUACAGUAUUUGAUCUGAAACAUUUAAGUGCAAAAAAAUGAGAAAUCAGGAAGGGUGCAAACACGUUUUGACACCACUGUAUGUUGUUUCGCAUGUGCAAAAUAAACCAAACCCUUACUGUAAUGUUGCGUAGAUUUUAAUGUAUCCAGGGUAGAUUUAAAUGCAGUUUAUCAGAGAUAGGCAUCACAGUUGUAUUUUGGGAUUUGUCUGUGCUUAAAUAUUGCUCCUUUUUUUUUUUGUAGCUCUUUUAAGACAAAUCUGAAGAGGCCUUGUUCUCACGGCGCCGAUUCAUUCACAAGCUGAUUUAAUAUUGGACACUUUUGUCCAGCCGUGCUCUUGUGUCGGAGCAGAUAAGAGACGGCAAAGGCCUUUGAACCAUGGAGCAUCAAUGACAAGUGCAACUGAUCUUUUAUUUGCCAUUUUGCAUUGAAGGCAAGCAGAUCCUCUGUGGUGAUCAGUGGAUCCGGUCCCGACUGAUACCUGUGAUCUUGCACUUGCACAGUCUGUCCUGUCUGAUGUUACACGCGGUUGUUUGCAUCUUAACUUGUCCCCUGCUCCCUCCCCACUGCCACCUAUUUGCAUGGCAGCCCUUUAGCAGGCCAGCUGCCUGCUUAUCCUUUUCUUCAGGCUGAAUUCUAAUCAUUACUUUCAAAGGAGAGCGUCUCCAAAGUACCUUUUAUCAAGUGUGCGCACAAGAGGAGGAAGCACCCACUCCCUCGCCUCUUCUUGACACUCUUCUUCUGGAGCACCUCCAAGCGGGAACCUUCCACAACUCUGGAGAAAAAGAACAAAUAGAAGGUAAGGAUCACCUGUGGAUUUGAUUUUGGAGGGUUGUUGGACUAAACGGGUUGUGAUCUUUGAACACUGAACCAUAAGUCCAGGUACUGUAUAUCAUCAUUUUAUUUGUUUUCUUUUACUUUGGUAUCAGACAAAUUACAUGAAAAUAUGUCUGAAUGUUAGACUGGUGUGUAUAAUUAUUAUGACACACCUCUGAUUUCCGUGUUUAGCAUGCAAACACAGUCAAAGAGGGGCGCCUCUGUUUUUGACACUGUGUGUUUUUACAGAUACAUUAAUUGGUUUUCUCUUGCCUAUAUUUUAUUAUGUAUUUUUUUAAUUUUCCAAAUAUUUCAACUUUUCUCUUUAAUAAUCUUUGAAAAUUUCUAUUAUCUUCUCGUAAUAUUAUGAAUUUAUUCCUUUAACAUUUUUACUUUAUUCCCAUAAUAUUGUAACUUCUUCCUCAACCGAAUUUGCCAAAAAUUACAACUCUCUUUUGUUUUGGUUCUCAUAAUAUUUCUGACCUUUAAAAAGUAACUUAUUUUUUGUUUACUAUUUCAACUCUAUUAACUCUCUUCGGUAAUGUUUCCCCUCAUAUUACAAGUUUAUUCUCGGAAAAUUGCAACUUAGAAUACAACUUUUUUCUUUCUCUUUCAACUUUAUUCUUGCAAAAUUACAGCUGACCUAAUUGUGGAGAUUGUAUGCACCAAAUUGUGGGUUUUCCCAUAAACAAAGCAUAAUGCUUUGAUCCAAAAUCUGUGAACAUGUGGGGAUCCACUGUAAAUUAGCUGUAAAUUUUUUUGUAAAAGUCUAUUUUUAUUUGGUGAAUGGGGUCUUUUUCAGGAAAGUAUCAAAAACAUUUUGACAAAACGUUUUAGGCCCAAAAUGAUUGACAACCCUUUUGAAAUAUUGUAUACUGUAGUUGGGCCCAAAGCUUUUGGGAAUGACUUAAAUCGUGGGUUUUAACAUCUUUGAUUGGUGUUCAUAGGUGGGUUGUGUUUAAUAAUAUAGAUUUAUGGCACUGGCCAAAAAAAAGAGCUAAAGGCCGCAGAUGGCCUCCAGAGUCACAUUUCCAAAUUCUUCAAAUAAUCAUUAAAAAAAUCAUUGAAAUCUCUCAGUCCUUUGCAACUUUCUUGAAAAAAAAACAAAACAAAGUUGUAAUUUUUGGAAAAUUUGCUUGCCCUAACUCCUUGAGUGCUGGAGGUUAUGAUGGUGCAGCAUGUCACACAACUUCGUGUUCUAGCAUGCUGUGAUGGGUUAAGAGUAAUAGUAAAAUAAGAAAAACAAGUGUUUUUGUGUUUCAGCUGAGCAGGGAUGCCAUGAGGUUGAUUUUGGUUAAACCCACCAAUGCCACCCGCCGCCUGGACAGCACGGGUCAGGUGUUCCGUGAUGGUGACCAUGAGCGUUGCUCUUCAAGGGGUCAGUCACCCCGGACCAGAAGUCCGGAGGGGAUGCAUGAACGAUACUCAGGAAGCCUCUUGGAAGCAACUUCACCAACACAGGAGACAAGUCUGUGCUGUGCUCCUUCAGCACCCCAUGAAACGUCCAAUGGAGUCAUUCCAUCCUCAAAGGUUUGUGGUGAGAUGAUGUCACAGCUGCGGACUGAAAACGCGAGUGUAUCACAGCUGAGCAAUCAGGACUGGCUGCUGCUUUGUGGCCAGGUUAGCAACGAAGGAGGUGAUUCAUCCAGCAGCACGAUGGGACGUCGAAACCACAAUGACACAUGUGCUUGUUCCUGUCCUGACGCACAGCAACAACACUCGAGGGCAUCCAUCUCUCUACCACAGUCAAAUCACACUUCAGUCCAAGAUUGUCGCGUGCAGAAAAAGAAUCUGUCAUUUCCGCCCAAUUCUGCAAGCAGUGCUGGCCAAAAGCAUGUGCACGGUACUUUUAUGCCUCAAGAAGGUCAGAGGGCACUUUCACAACCUUUCAAUCAUCUCAAAGACACCAAACCCAACUUGUUCAACAUCCCCCUGUCCACCAGCCAAUGUCCUGGGAAGCUUCUCCAACACUCACAGCCUGCCAUCAUUGGGCCGCCCAACUCGAGCGAAAUGACUCAGCAUCGUGAAAAGCAACACACGCGUUACUCUGUCAGCGGUGACGAAACCUGGAGGUCGCACGGAGACCCCGCCUUCAUCUUCAAGUGCCGCCAUCUCUCAUCCAACCAUCCGACCAGGCCAGUACACGUCAAGAACGUGGUCCAGUCAUUCUCCACCAGUCACUGUAGUUCACUUGACCACCACGGCUUAGCGGGGGAGGCAACGAGACCGCGGCAAAGUCAGACGAACACUCAGCAUCUCAGCGGAUUCAGACGCUGUUCUCCUAAACACAUCACGCCCUCUGAAGUCACAGGAAGCGGUGUCCUCGGCAACGGGGAUGCUGUGAGAUCGGUGGCCAGCCAUGACACAUUAGGAUCCAGUUUGACGGAACUCCAGUCGGGCCAGCAGCUUCUUCACAGCGCCCUCCUGGAGGACGCCUUCUCCAAAGUCAUCAGGGAAGAUUCAAGUAAGGCAAAUAGUGACAACGCCGCCAGGGAGGAAGAUAAUGUACCACAGAAGAAGGACAUCAGCUUCAGACUGGGUCAACGCAGAGCUCUUUUUGGCAAACGUAAACAGCUGAGUGACUACGCCUUAGUGUGUGGGAUGUUCGGCAUCGUUGUCAUGGUGAUUGAGACGGAGCUGUCCAGAGGAUUUUACAGCAAGCUGUUCAUGGUGGACAACGGUGCAGAUGAUUGGAGGAUCGCCGUGACCUUUGAGCGAGUUCUCUUCGUUGCGUUGGAGCUCCUUGUGUGUGCCAUCCAUCCCAUCCCGGGCCAGUAUGUCUUCAGCUGGACUGCUCGACUGGCCUUCAGCUACACCACAUCGGUAGCGGACGCCGACGUGGACAUCAUCCUGUCCAUCCCCAUGUUCUUGCGCCUCUAUCUGAUUGGCCGGGUCAUGCUGCUCCACAGCAAGCUCUUUACGGAUGCUUCGUCUCGCAGCAUCGGGGCGCUCAACAAGAUUAGUUUCGACACCCGUUUUGUCAUGAAGACUCUGAUGACCAUCUGCCCUGGCACCGUGCUGCUGGUGUUCAGUGUGUCCUGUUGGAUCAUCGCGGCAUGGACUGUGCGCAUAUGUGAGAGGUAUCACGAUGCACAGGAGGUGAGCAGCACCUUCCUAGGAGCCAUGUGGCUGAUCUCCAUCACCUUCCUGUCCAUCGGCUAUGGCGACAUGGUGCCUCACACGUAUUGUGGAAAGGGAGUUUGCCUGCUAACAGGAAUCAUGGGAGCAGGCUGUACAGCACUGGUGGUCGCUGUGGUUGCAAGGAAGUCCGAACUCACCAGAGCUGAGAAGCACGUCCAUAACUUCAUGAUGGAUACUCAGCUCUAUAAAAAGAUAAAAAACACAGCAGCCAAUGUGUUGAGGGAGACAUGGCUGAUCUACAAGCACACCAAGCUGGUGAAGAAAGUUGAUGGUGCAAGAGUGCGCCACCACCAGCGUAAAUUCCUGCAAGCCAUCCACCAACUGCGGAAAGUUAAAAUGGAUCAAAGGAAACUAACUGACCAGGCCAACACCAUUGCUGAUCUUGCAAAGACUCAGAACAUGAUGUACGAUCUGGUGUCGGAUCUGCAGCAUCGAAGCGAGGACCUGGACAGGAGGAUUGUGGCCCUGGAGAACAAACUGGACUUCAUGCUUCUCAACAUGCACUCGCUGCCUGACGUGCUCUCUCAAGCAAUAACCAAGAUACAAAAAGACUUCCUAGAUGACUUGGCCUGUCGUGUCCACUUCCUGUCGUCCUCCCUCAGCUCAGAGUGCUGCUCUGUUCCCCCUAAGCCGCUCUGUCCUGCAGGCCCCACCUCAUCACAUACGCCGUACGGCUGAUUUGUUUGACCUUUUUGACCUAAACUAACUUUUCAUUUUGGGAACUAUUAUGCAGUAUGUACAUUUUGUGCUUUCCAGGUUCACUUGCAUGAAUAGAGAGCAGUAUAAUAUUUAAGGGAAGUCAGGAUAACAGGAAGGGCAGCUCAUUAUUCCUUCAUUUCCUCCACUCAAAAUGCCCUGUUGCCGUAAAUAAAAACAAAAAAACAAGUCAAAUGGGCAGAGAUUUGUAUUUUUUUUUAUUUUGAGGAUUUACACCUAACACUAUUAUAAAUAUGUAAUAAACAAAAAUUGUUUCAAUGCUCAAUAAGCUCGUGCUUUGUGAAAUCAUGGUUGUGAUUGUGGUCAUUUCCAUGACAUUUGAAAGGAGUUGUUUGGUUAUUCUUUUGAUGUAUAUUUUUAUGUAUAGGCUGUGUUGCCAUUAUUUGG